AUGCCCAUGUCCAAUUCACGCGCCCACCCUGGCCAACAACCACAUACCGACACACUGCAAAGAUGGAAAGCCCUCGCAUCAAAUUCUGCCGCAAACAUAACGCACAUGAUCACACCGACAACCUUCCAACAAGCAUCCGAAUCCCCCUCUCAAUCCAUGUCAACACACACGAAAAGCAACAACCCCCAACUCCACAUCAACCAAACCACCUAG